AUGCCCAAGGGCUGGAAGAUGAGUUCGAGCACAUUCAGCGUCGGCGGCCACAAUUGGCGUGUCGAGUGCUAUCCAUAUGGCGACCGGCAGGAACAUGACAGCUCCAUCUCUCUCUACCUCAACCACGCCAGCCACAACAAGACAUGCGACGCCGUCGCCAUAGCGAAGCCAUCGUGGACUAGAUUCUCCGGGGUGCGCCUCUUCUCCGAUACCACCGAUCCGUCCUGGGGCUGGGCCGACUUCGUAAAACAUGAGAAUCUGGAGGAGGAGAAGGAUCUCUAUGUCAAGGAUGACUACCUCGCCAUUUUGUGCGACGUCAUCGUCACAGCUGGGAUGCACACCGACGGCCACACCGAGGUUGCCAUGCCAAAACCUGAGGCCGUGGCGGCGGCACCCCAUUUCGACUUACACGCGGAACUCAUCUCGAACAACCAAAAACCGAACGUGCUGAUUGAGGUCGGCGGCGAGACAUCGGCGGUGCAUCGGUGGGUGCUCGAGGCCCGAUCCCCUGUCUUCAAGGCGGAUCUCUCGCUCGCCUUGGCCAGCGAGGGCGCCGCUGCUAUGCUACGCAUCAACGGCAUGGACGUCGAUGUGUGCAAGGCUCUGCUCCAGUUCAUCUACAACAACACACCGGAUAUGAAUCAGCUAGAUACGGCGGACACAAUAGCUGAGAAGCUGCUCGUUGCGGUGGACAUGUAUAAGCUGGAGGAGCUGAAGCAUAUCUGUGAGGAUGCGCUACGCCAGCGCAUCCGGAUGAGUUCCGUGGGGGCGACCGUUGUGCUGGCCGAGCGGCACGGUUGUCCCGAGCUGAGGGAAGCAUGCAUGCAGUUCAUGUCUUUUUCCCGGCAACUUGAAAGCACUCAUGGCUACCGAUGGUUUUGA